AUGAAAACAGUCCUCAUCUUACUUGUUCUUCUUGUUCUCUCAAGGAUUGAAUCAAAUGAAGCCACAAGAAAUCUUGAUACUCAUCUUCUAUUGCCAUCUUUGCAUACCCGUCCUCCAGUUAAGACUCCAGCACUCGAUCCAGGAACCGAGGCCAAUGUGAAUAUGGCAAGCAAGUUUAAUGAAAGGAAUUACUUUGUUGGUCGUAAAGAAGUUGUUGUUUCUCCCCCUCCUCCUACUAAUGCAAAUCCUCUGGAUAAAACACAUAUUUUAUUACCACUUUUGCAAACCCGUGCUCCAGUUAAGACUCCAUCACCCAAUCCAGGAAGCGAGACUAGUGUCAAUAUGGCAAGCACGGUUACUGAAAGAAACUUUGUUGGUCGUAAAGAACUUGUUUUUGCUCCCACUCCUCCUACUAAUGCAUAUCCUCUUGAUAAAACACAUUUUCUAUUACCAUCUUUGCGAACCCGUCCUCCGGUUAAGACUCCAUCACCCAAUCCAGGAAGCGAGACCAGUGUGAAUAUGGCAAGCACGUUUACUGAAAGAAACUUUGUUGGUCGUAAAGAGGUUGUUUUUGCUCCCCCUCCUCCUACUAAUGCAUAUCCUCUUGAUAAAACACAUUUUCUAUUACCAUCUUUGCAAACCCGUCCUCCAGUUAAGACUCCAUCACCCAAUCCAGGAAGCGAGACCAGUGUGAAUAUGGCAAGCACGGUUACUAAAAGAAACUUUGUUGGUCGUAAAGAAGUUGGUUUUGCUCCUCCACCUCCACUUCCUUCUACUAAUGCAUACCCACAAAAUAAUGUCCUUUUUGAUGUGUCCAUUGCUACUACUCAGAAAUAA